GCUUUUGAUAGAGAACAAACUUCUCGACAACUCGCCACUAUCGCAUCUCAUUGAUUCCCCCCCGUGCCCUGAGUUCCCAUUCAUCCAUCCCCCCUCCCCAAUGAGUCAACGCCAACCUUCGGCACCAAUCCCGGGCAUCUCAUGCGGUGGUGCGGAGUACACCCAGCCCCCACUAGCGUAAAUGUACUCUGUAGGCCGUCCGUCCACCUCCAACGUAUCGACCUACCUCUCUCGGUAAACCCCAACGCGGGAACCUAGGCAGGUAUUACGUACAGAAGGAAGCUCUGCGUUUCUGCGUUCUAUCUUGCUUGUAUUUGCCCCUGACUUGGCGGGUUUUGUGUGAUCUAUCUAUUUCCCGAUCCUCGGAAUCCCUAUUUCCUUGCCAGUCUAAGCCCGUUGGAGAGACAGACCCCCCCCUCUCCUCUUUCGUGGCCUCAUCGGCUAGAACUCCGGACACUAGGAGCUGUGCAACCGGGGAACUUGGCCUCCGAGCUCGCUGCGACUUGACGGCUUCUUCUUGCAUGACGCCAUACAACUUUCUUACUAUCUCUCUGUCUCUGUCUCUCUGUCUCUCUCACUCACUAUCUCUCUUUCGAAUUCCUCUCAAAUAGGAUCCAGCGAAUCCCAGUUUAUCCAGCAUCCAAACUCAUACAUAUUCUUGAGUCUGCUCCCUCAUACUCCCCCGUCUCGGUUAUCGCACUCGAUAACCCCGCAUCGGACGCUUUCAUCAUGCCCCUCACCAGCGAGUCCCUCCACUCGGCGCAAGCGAGCGAGUUCGCAAAGUAUGGCAGCCGCCGGAGCGUCGUCCACAGCACAAAGGGAAUCGUGUCCUGCACCCAGCCGCUGGCCGCGAAAUGCGGCAUCCAGGUGCUCCAGGCCGGCGGUAAUGCCGCCGACGCCGCCGUAGCAGUCGCCGCCGGCCUGAACAUGACGGAGCCGUGCUCGACCGGAAUCGGCGGCGACAUGUUCAUCCUCUUCUACGACGCCACCACCGGUAAUGUCUCAGCCAUGAACGGGUCCGGCCGCUCCGCCAAGAACGCCACCCUCGACACCAUUCGCCGCGACCUUGGCGUCGCCGACGGCGCCCGCGGCAAGAUCCCCAUGAAGAGCGUCCACGCCGUCACCGUCCCCGGUGCCGCCGCCGGCUGGGUCGACACCGUUGACCGCUUCGGCAGCGGCAACGUCUCGCUCGAGCAGGUCCUCGCCCCGGCCAUCGAGCUCGGCGAGAAGGGCUUCCCCGUGUCGGAGCUGACAAGUCACUACUGGAACACGGCGGAGCCCCAGAUCAGGGAGGCGUCGCCCAACUUCGCCGAGAUGCUCAAGAAGGAUCCCAACGCGCCGGACGGCGUCAGGGCCCCUAACCCCGGCGAGAUCAUGAAGAAUCCGACGCUGGCCCAGACCUUCCGAGCCCUUGCCAAGGACGGCAAGAAGGGCUUCUACACGGGCCGCGUCGCCGAGGAGCUCGUCAGCGUCGUCAAGAGCCUCGGCGGCCACCUCGAGCUCGACGACCUGGCGCACCACCUCGAGCAGGGCAGCGAGCCCGUCGACCCCAUCUCGCUCAAGUUUAAGCCCGCCCUCAAGAGCACGACGAACGGGCACACGAACGGGCACACGAACGGGCACACCAACGGGCACACCAACGGGCAUACCAACGGCCACUCCAACGACGGCGCCGUGGAGGUCUGGGAACACCCGCCCAACGGCCAGGGCAUUGUCGCCCUCAUGGCCCUCGGCAUCAUCCAGGAGCUUCAGGCGUCCGGCGUCGUGCCCGCUUGGUCCGCCGAGGACCACAACACGGCGCCCUACCUCCACGUCAUCAUCGAGGCCCUCCGCCUCGCCUUCACCGACGCGAGCUGGUACGUCACGGACCCCAACGUCGUCCCCGUGCCGUCCGCCGGCCUCAUCUCGCCCGAGUACUCGGCCGCCCGCGCCCGCCUCUUCAAGCCCGACAGCGCCAUCCGCGGCGACGAGUUGCGCGUCGGCUCGCCGCCCGGCAAGCAGCAGCACGCCUCGCCGGCGCUGCAGAGCAGCGACACCGUCUACUUCACCGUCUCGGACGAGCACGGCAACGCCGCCUCCUUCAUCAACAGCAACUACGGCGGCUUCGGCACCUGCAUCAUCCCCCGCGGCUGCGGCUUCACGCUGCAGAACCGCGGCGCCAACUUCAGCCUCGACGCCGACCACCCGAACCGGCUCGCGCCGCGCAAGAGGCCCUACCACACCAUCAUCCCGGCCAUGGCCACGAACCAGGCCGACGGGUCGCUGCACAGCGCCUUCGGCGUCAUGGGCGGCUUCAUGCAGCCGCAGGGCCACGUCCAGGUGCUCCUCGGCCAGCUGGUGGCGGGUCUCUCGCCGCAGCAGACGCUCGACGCGCCGCGCGUGUGCAUCGUCGCGGGCCUGCCCGACCGGGACGACGACUUCGACUGGACCGUGAGCGUCGAGGAGGGCAUGCCCGAUGAGACGGUCGAGGGCCUGCGGGAGCUGGGCCACAAGGUCGAGGUCGUCCGGGGGACCGAGAGGGGCAUGUUCGGCCGUGGCCAGAUCAUCCGGUACACCGUCGAUCCGGUCGAAGGGACCGGAGUGUGGUCUGCGGGUAGCGAUCCGCGCGGCGACGGCGCGGCGUACCCGGCGCUGUAGCGGGAAUUUAGUUGCAUGGAUGUAAUCGUCAGAAAAUAGUA